UAAAAAACUCUCUGACAACGUAAUGAAAACUAUUUAUAAACAUUUUUGUUAAAGGAAAAACGUUAUUAUUUGCUGUUCAUUAAAUCUGGAUGUUAAUUGGUUAGAACAUUUGAUAUAAUUGGAUCAAACAUGGUAUCAAACCAUCUCACACGUUUGGUGAAUUGGGGUGAAGAUAUUUUUUUACAAUUCAAAAUAUAUCAAAUCAGAAGAAGUAUAAUAAAAUCGAAAACUGCAUGCCCGUCAAUAAGCUGGUACAUCUUGGCCUUUGUUAUAUCGUCACUGAUGAUGAAAGCUGUUAAUGGUUUAGAGAAAUGGUGUUUGUGUAACGAUUAUUAUAGUUGUCCUGUUGUCGCUGAUUUUGUACAGUUAUCAAACAUAGAAGAAGAGAUUGAGGAAUUUUUGUCGUGCCAUUUCGAAGAGUAUUGGAGUUAUGCGUACACAACAACAUCAACGAUUUGUGAUGUAUUGGUGAUUAUUGGUGUUCUUAAACAAAAUCAUCGACUGGUCUACCCAUGGUUGGUUAUCAAGCUAAUAGCUUUGAUAGCUAAUAUGAGUUCGAUACUAUACAAUUUUGUGAUGAGUAAAAAAUCUGCAACUACGUUACAUUUGGUGGUUUUAGUUGAUUUAGGAGUCUUAAAAUUAGCACAUAAUUUGACUGAGAGACAUCUGGCAGUUGAAGGUUGUGGUCAGAUGAACGUAAAAACGAUUGAACAAGUACUGUCAGGUGCUGUUGGUGAAGACAUACCUUAA